AUGGCGACUGAUAAAGUUCAUUUACGCCACUGUAUUUUAUACGAAUUUCAACAAGGAAGAAAUGCUACAGAAGCAUGUGAUUUCGAUCUUUCUAAUAAGCCACGUUCUGGGCGACCAUCUUUAAUCGACGACGAUGUUGUUAAGGCAAUGUUGGAGCAAGAUCUUUUUCUGACAACAUCGGAGAUUGCAGAAAGGCUUAAUUCAGCUCAACAAAUCAUUUCUGACCAUAUUCGGAAGAUAGGAUUGGUGUGGAAGUAUUCAAAAUGGGUGCCACAUGAAUUAAAUCAGAAAAAUUUGGAUAAUCGAGUUGUCAUAUGCACAUCUCUGCUUGUUCGGAACAAAAUCGAGCCCUUUUUGAACCGGAUGAUAACUGGGGAUGAAAAUAUGGAAAAUGGAUUACAUACAACAACAUUGUAA